AUGGUACUCUUCCAACACCGGUCCCAACCUUCACGACCCACCCUGGCCGUGUGUGUUCGUGACCCUUCCCUCACUUCCGUUACCAGCCAGGAUUCCGAGAUUGACAGUACCACGCCGGCCCACGGUACGCGUCGCCGCCACGCACUCGUCCGCUGGCGGAGCCGUCGCGAGAUCUCCACGGUCGCCUCCACUGCUCCCCACCACCCCAAUCUACCCCGACCACACGGUCCCACACUCCGUCCUUUGGAACGUUCACGGUCACUCGCGAGCAUCAUCAAACCCGCUUCCGUCCGUUCCCUCGUACAACGUCCGUCUCCGGAUCGUCACGCCGUAUACCGGGAACUCGGGAUGGGUCCCUUACGGUUUGCUCCCGCUCCCGACGUACCGUCCACGUCACUGCAUGAUCUCACCGUCCCGCAACGUCUCGUCGUGCGGAUCUUGUGGGAACAGUGGCGGGACCGGAAUCCUGCCGACGUAUCGGCCGAAUGGGAACACUGGUGUUUGUGCUUUGCCCGGUGCAGUCCGGGAGCAGCCAAUUUUGAUUCCCGGAACGCCUGGAAAGUCAUGAAGCAUUUCGAUAAGCGUUACGUCAAUCUCAAAGCCGUCACGCUGGAAUCGCGGUUGGCCGCCAAGACCGUCGUUCCCGUUCCGGGCCUACGCACACACCAGGGUUUGGACGUUGUCUACGUACGCCCGUCACGCUUCCAUCCCAAAACGGACAACGUCCCCGCGAUUCUUGAUCCUCUCGUGUACGUGCUCAUGAACAUGACCGUCACCCACGAAUCCGCGUCGACCAACGGCCUUUGCAUAGUCCUCAACAUGGAACAGUGGACCAUGCGGCAUUAUACGACCGAUUUUCUCCGACGCUUUUGGGCCGUUUUUCAGGGCUUCAGGGCUCCCGUCCGGGUUCGUCAAGUCCUGAUCGUCGACCCACCAUCCUGGUUUGCGACUAUUGGGAGACUCAUGACGUCGUCCAUGAUGACUGACGACUUUGCCGCACGCGUACACCGGACGCCGUCCGCCGCGCUCGGCCAAUACCUGGCUGACGGCUAUACGCAACACUUGCCGGACGAUAUGGUGGGCGGCAGCGUUCCCACCGCCGACCUGGUACGGGACUAUCUCGCGUUCCGCAAAUACGUCGAAGCCGUUGAAGAAGUCCCACCGUCGACGCGGCCUCCGCUGACCCGUGGUUUCCAGUCGGAACGCCGCGUUCGCUUCGAAUUUCCUACUUUCAAAUAG